CCCCAAGCGAGCGAGAUGGCCGGGAGGAAGGGCGGCGAGAGGAAGAAGGCGGUGACCCGGUCCGCGAAGGCCGGGCUCCAGUUCCCCGUCGGCCGCAUCGGGCGGUUCCUCAAGAAGGGCCGCUACGCGCAGCGCGUCGGCUCCGGCGCCCCCGUCUACCUCGCCGCCGUCCUCGAGUACCUCGCCGCCGAGGUGCUGGAGCUGGCCGGCAACGCGGCCAAGGACAACAAGAAGAGCCGCGUCGUGCAGCGCCACCUGCUGCUGGCCGUCCGCAACGACCAGGAGCUCGGCAGGCUGCUGGCCGGCGUCACCAUCGCGCACGGCGGCGUGGUCCCCAACAUCAACCCCGUGCUGCUCCCCAACAAGUCCGCCGCCGAGAAGGAGGCCGCCAAGUCGCCCAAGAAGAAGGCCGCCGCCGCCGCCAAGUCCCCCAGGAAGAAGGCCGCCGCCACCAAGGAGUAGCCGCACCCACCACCAUGGUGUUGCCUAGUUCCAUGUCUGUUGGCUAGAUGGAUCUUGUAUGUAGCGCCCUUUCAUGUUGGGACUCGAUGAGCAAGGCCGGCAUUGUUGUCUGUGAUUUACCAUGUGGGAAUGGCUAAAGAUCCAAUCAUGUCGAUGUUAGUUCUCCUCUGAAUCUAUGGCUGAAAUCAAUCUUCUGGAUCUUUGUCGA